AUGCAGUGCAGUGAAAGCCAGGAACACCUGAAAGACGCUCUGCUGAACACCAUCCUUUCAACCAGGGCUACCACCACCAACGACACACAGAACAUAAGGACUAUGUUUGGAACUGGAAAGACUGCACAAGUUACUGCAGAGAAGAAGAAGUACGACCUUGCUAUACUCGGAAUCAGCGAAGCAAAAUGGACUGGUUAUGCACAGAAGAGACUAGCCACAGGUGAACUGCUGCUGUACUCAGGCCGCGAGGAGGACAACACACACCAUACUCAAGGACUUGCUUUGAUGCUGUCCAAGACUGCACAGAGAGCACUCAUAGGAUGGGUUGCCAUCAUCCAGAAAUACACCGGCAGAGACAUCACCAUUGUAAUGGUAAACCUCUAUGCACGAAUUAGAAGUGACAACGGAGGAUACGAGAGGAUCACGGGGCAGUGUGGUCUUGGAGAGAUGAACGAGAAUGGAGAGAGAGAUUUGCAGACACGUUCAAGACAAGAGAAAGUGAAAGCUCAAAUACAGUACAGUACUUUGAAGAAAAGCUUAAAGGCAGACAAGACAAACGACAUAGAGGCCGUGGCAGUGGAAGCCAAAGAAGCAGUUAGAGAUGGUAAUCUGUUGGACCCAUAUAACACCACCAAAAAACUGUCCGGAAAACGAGCACCACAAAGGCCGGUAAAAGACAAAGAGACAAAACUGAUAAUUGGAGUAGAAAGGCAGAAGAGAAGAUGGAUGCAACGUUUUGAAGAAUUGCUACAUAGACCAGUCCCACAAGACCCACCACACAUCCAACCAGCUGACAGGGAUUUAGAAUUAGUACUCAGCGCACAAACAAGUGAGGAGAUACGAAAAGUCAUUUUUUAAAAGCUUAGUCACAGCAUCCUAGCAGAUGCGUUGAAGACCGAUACAGAGACCAUGGAAGAGAUGCUCCACCCUGUCUUCAAUAAGAUCUGGGAAAAUGAACACAUCCCAUUGAAAUGGAAGGAGGGCGAGCUUAUUAACUUACUGAAGAAAAGGGAUCUGAGUAACUGUACAAACUACUAUCCAUUGGGAAAGGUUUUCUAUAGGAUCGUACUGAUGAAGGAUGUGGUAGAACUCUUGCUUAGAGAUGAGCAGCUUGGCUUCCGCAAGGACAGAUCGUGUAUGGAACAGAUUGCCACACUGCACAUCAUCCUGAAACAGUCACUAGAGUGGAACCCACCGUUGUAGACCUUCAUUGACUAUGAGUAGGCUUUCGAUAGUGUGGACAAGGAGACCCUUUGGAAGUUUCUCAGACACUACGCAGUGCCAGAGAAGCCAUACAUAAUCAGAAAUACCUACAAGGGAUUGACCUGCAGUGUGAUCUACGAGGGCCAACUUACUGACGCCUUCUGUGUACGAACGGGAUUGAGACAGGAGUACUUGCGAUCGCCAGUCUUGUUCUUGCUGCCGAUAAAUUGGGUAAUGAAGCAUUCCACAGCAGACAAGAAAGAUGAACGGUGGACAAUGUGGAAACAGCUUAACUAUCUGGACUUUGCGGACGACUUAACCCUUCUCUCUCAGAUGCAGGAAAAGAGGAGUGCCACCCACAGAGGGAAAGGCAAAGUCCUGAGAGUCAACUCUGCCAGCAAAUCAUCCAUAAACUUGAAGGUGUAA